CACACAGAGAACGAGAGGUUGACAGCUAAAAUACAAAGAAUAAAGGCAAAAAAAUUCGUGGUGCGUUCGUGAAUAAAAAAACGUCCAAUUCUGAAAGUGAACGAAAAAACUUCAAAAUUAUUUUAAUAGCUUUUAAUUAUUUGCGGCAAAAGUUUAUAACAAAAAGCCACAUAAAAUAGUGAGUUUCCAACGAAAUAAUUGAAGCAGUCACUGCUACAGUGCAUCGGAUAGAAGUUCGCCAGCAAGGGGAUAUAUAAAAAAUAUAAUUGCAUUAUUUCAUUACAUAUAUAAAAUUUUUCUAAGUAGAACCAAACAAACAUAACAAAAAUGUCCAGUUUACCCCGUCGCAUUAUCAAGGAAACUCAACGUUUAAUGCAAGAACCCGUACCAGGUAUCAAUGCCAUUCCCGAUGAAAACAAUGCCCGAUAUUUCCAUGUGAUUGUGACCGGCCCCACUGAUUCACCCUUCGAGGGUGGCAUCUUUAAAUUGGAACUCUUUUUGCCCGAAGACUAUCCAAUGUCGGCACCGAAAGUUAGAUUCAUAACAAAAAUUUAUCAUCCAAAUAUCGAUCGUCUGGGUCGCAUCUGUUUGGAUGUACUUAAGGAUAAAUGGAGUCCUGCCUUACAGAUUCGCACCAUUUUGUUGUCGAUUCAGGCACUACUUAGCGCCCCAAAUCCCGAUGAUCCUUUGGCCAAUGAUGUCGCUGAAUUAUGGAAAGUCAAUGAGGCUGAGGCCAUUAAGAAUGCACGUGAAUGGACCCAAAAGUAUGCUGUCGAAGACUGAAGUAGUACUACCCCAGAUAUGUAUAGAAACGAAAUUAAACGAAAAGAUGGAGGAGGAGCGUAUUAAGAAAUAGCUGUCGGUCUGCUGGUCGGGGGAUGAAACUUAUGUGGAUAGAAGUGAUAACAACUGCUGGUGGUGACGACAACUUGCAAUUGGCUUGGAUGUUUAGUAAUGCAAAAUAAAAAAGCGGGGGGAGGGCUUCUUGUAGAUUCUUUAUCAUUUUUUUUUUUGAACUUAAACAAAAGAAUGAACCGGGCGGGGUGUUUGAUAAAAAAAAAUAAAAAUAUUGAAAUAAAAAAACAGCUCCUUGAACAUACAUAUUUACAGUAGAGAAAAGAUUAUGGGGAUAUAACGACUUUUUUUUUUGAAGAAAAGCUAAAAUAUGUAUUACAUCAAGAAUUGUAAAGAAGAACAGAAAAAUAAACUGCAAACCUAUAUGUUUCCCAAA